AUGCAGGAAGAACCACGAACGCAGCACCGGCAUGAUGAUCGUGAAGAGUCAAUCGCCGGCUCCCUCAAGGCCGGCAAUGGCUUCGAUCCCGAGCAACCCUCGCCGGCGCGCAUCGCCGACGCCAGUGUCCAGUGUCCGGCCCACACGACUGAGCGCAAGCUCCUGACCAAAAUCGACCUUCACGUCCUCCCUUUCCUCUGCGUCAUGUAUCUGCUCGCUUUCCUCGACCGCGUCAACAUUGCCAAUGCCAAAGUCUUUGGUCUGGCGGAAGAGCUAGAACUCGACGGCAACCUCUACAACAAUGCGCUCGUCGUUUUCUUCGUGCCCUACAUCCUGCUCGAGAUCCCUUCCAAUAUUCUGCUGAAAAAGUUUCGACCUCAUGUCUGGCUUAGCAUUAACAUGUUCGGUUUCGGGCUCGUGACCCUCCUUCAGGGCUUCGUCCAGAACUACGCCGGCCUCAUCACCACUCGCUUCUUCCUCGGCGUCUUUGAGACGGGCAUGUUCCCCGGUGCCUUCUACCUCAUCGGCAUGUGGUACCGUCGUCACGAGGCCCAGAAGCGCUACUCCUUCUUCUUCAACUCGACGACCCUCGCCGGUGCGUUUGGCGGUCUCCUCGCCGCAGCCAUUGGCAAAAUGGACGGUCUGCGCGGCUUCCGCGGCUGGCGCUGGAUCUUCAUCCUCGAGGGCGGCCUCACCGUCUUCGUCAGCCUCUUCUUCUACUUCUGGCUGCCCGACUUUCCCGAGGAUGUCAAGUGGCUCAAGACGGAUGAGCGCGAGUUCAUCUCUGCCCGCCUCCGCAUCGACCAGGGCGCCGCCGCUCAUGAUCGCAGCAUCACCCUACGCGACGUCGGACGCGUCUUCAAGGACUACAAGGUCAUCGUCGGCGGCUUCAUGUACUUUGGUCUCAUCGUCCCCGCUUACGGUUACGCCUAUUUCGCGCCCAGCAUCAUCCGCACGUACGGCUACGACGCAAUCCAGACACAGUUGCACAGCGUGCCACCCUGGGUCGUGGCCUUCGGCUUCUCCAUGGCUGUCGCCACCGUGUCCGAUCGCCUCCGCCAUCGCUUCGCCUUUGCCGUGCUCGCCAUCUGCAUUGCCAUUGCCGGCUUCGGCAUCCUUAUUGGCGUGCACGACAACACGAAGCUGCAGUAUGCCGCCCUCUUUCUCGUUGCCAUGGGUGCCUACACGGCCAUGCCCAUCAUUGUCUGCUGGUUCAACAUGAACCUCGGCGGCCAUCAUCGACGUGCCGUCGGCAGCGCUUGGCAGGUUGGUUUCGGCAACAUUGGUGGCAUCAUUGCCGUCUACGCGUUUCUCCAGAAGGACGCCCCCAAGUACAUCACCGGCUACAGCAUCUGCAUCGCGUUUACUGCGCUGAGCAUCUUAGCCUGCGUCGUCUACGGCAUCGCAUGCCACGCAGCCAACCGCGCAAGAAACAAGACGGCAGGCCAGACUGUGCUGACCGAGGAGGAGAAGACGGAGCUGGGUGACAUGUCGCCUGAGUACCGAUAUCUCCUGUGA